AUGGCCUCUAUAGGAUUUGGACCUUCAAAUUCCGGAUUUCAGAUCGGAUCCAACGAAGGCAAGAUUAACGCACAUUUCUACGCUUCCGCUCCGGAACGACCAGAAACCUCGCCUAGCCCGCUAUCAACAGUCCCCUUUCGUCGAGACCCAGACUUUAUCAAGCAUGGGACACUUCUUGAACAAAUCUCCGAGAAGACCUCAGCGCCAGGGUCGAGGGUAGCAGUGAUUGGCCUGGGUGGUGUUGGCAAGUCGCAACUUGCCAUCGAGUAUGCCUACCGGCUACGUAUUCGAUCGCCGACGACGUGGGUGUUUUGGAUCCACGCCAGCAAUGCAACGCGAUUCGAGCAGAGUUGUCGAGAAAUUGCUGAGCGCGUGAAAAUUCCCGGUCGGCGAAAUUGUGACGCGAAUAUACUUCAGCUCCUGCAGGACUGGCUGCAUGAUAGGGAGGAGGGAGAGUGGCUUCUUAUUUUCGAUAAUCUGGACGAUGACUCUUUUCUUCAUCAACCUCUGCCUGCAAGACAGGGAAAGACAGAGGAUGCUUCGAGUGGAAUUCCAGAACGAACAAUCUGGGAAUAUUUUCCCGAGAACUUGCCCGGGUCGAUUCUCGUGACGAGUCGAAGCAGAGAUGUAGUAACCACCAUAGUCGAAGACAGAGAUAUCAUUGUCGUCGAGCCGAUGGACGAAAAACAUGCGACGGCACUCCUUGCGCAGAAGGUAGCAGGAAAGGUCCAAUUCCAGGCCCGAGAAGCGGCCCAGUUAACCGCAGUACUGGAUUACAUGCCUCUUGCAAUCGUGCAAGCAGCAGCAUACAUCAAGCAAAGGGCACCCCGAGUCUCGGUCCCACAAUAUCUGGAAGAUCUCCAGAAAAGUGAUCACAAUAAACUAAGUCUUCUCAGUCGCGAAGGGAGAAAUCUCCGUCGAGACCGGGAAGCGAGAAAUGCCAUUUUUCUUACGUGGCAGAUCACUUUCGAUCAUCUUCGAAACAUGAGACGCACGGCAGCGGAUUUAUUGGCUCUGAUGAGCUUUUUCGAUCGACAAGGCAUUCCAGAAAUAGUCCUCCGCGAUCCGACCGAAUCGAAUAACAAUAACAACCCGGUUGAUGCACCCCGUGCCAGCAAGGACAAUGACAAUGGGCAUGAUGGCACCAACUCGAUUGACAUAUUCGAAGAUGAUAUCGUCGCAUUAAGAAACUAUUCCCUAAUUAACAUCAGUACUGAAGGAACGACAUUCACAAUGCACCGGCUUAUCCAACUAGCCAUCCAAGAGUGGCUCAGAACUCAAGAACAACUGAAGAUGUGGAAAGUCUGCUUUAUUCAGAGACUCUGCGCUCUCUUCCCAGAAGACUGGCCUCACAACUUUCCACUGGUCCGGUUACUCUUUCCGCAUGUGAAAUACUCCUUGAUUCAGAUGCCAGAAAACUCGAUACAAGAAUGGGCCACACUACUCCGAAAUGCAGGAAAUUACGCCACUUGGAUGGGGGAUAUCGGUUGUAGUAUGAGAAUGACGGAGAUUGCCACCGAGACAAUGAAUAAACUAUACGGCCUCGAAGAUGAGAGGACACUCGACUGUAUCGAAGCUCAGGGUCAAGCAUACUACGGUUUCGGGCAAUGGGACGAAGCGGCAAAGUUCCAGACCCACGCCCUUUGUGCCCUAGAGGGAUUACUAGGGGCAGAACAUCUUCGCGUUUCCGCGGCCAGACUCAACCUCGCAAGGACCUAUCGUAGGCAGGCACGUUUUCCGGAUGCGGAGAGACUGACCCUGCUCGCAAGAGACCACUUUGAACGGACGAUCGGGAAGGAGAACUCCCAUUACCUGAGUGCCUCUGAUUACCUGGUAUCGAUCUAUCAAGAUAUGGGACGAUUACGAGAGGCUGAAGAGUUAUCGAUUGAGACGAUAAAUAUUUCCAAACGAGUACAUGGGUCGGAUGACCCCGGUACUCGAUUCUUUACCGUGACUUUGGCAUCGAUGUAUUUUAAGCAGGGGCGGUUGGAAGACGCAGAAGAAUUGCUAUCCUAUAUCGUGGAUGAAAUGAAGCUCAAGUUAGGGGCAGAACACACCGCUACUAUGUUGACUUGCAUGGCCAUCCUGUCAUUGAUGUAUCGGCUGCAGGGACGGGCUGAACAAGCGGAACAACUGAGGCAUGAAGUACUGGAUAUCAGCAAGAAGGUUUUUGGGCCAGACUAUUCCUAUUUUAAAACUCUCCUGGGUGAACCUGUGGAUUAA